AUGGCGCUUUCGACUCCGUCGUUCCCCAUUUUCUUCCUCAGGCUCGUCUCGCCAAUCCCUGUGCUCUUAGCAGCAGUCUCUCUUUUGCCACUGGGUCCAUCACCACCACCUACCCCUUCUCCAAUCACACCUAUAGUUGUAGCUCAGAGAGUUCCUCGUAGAGCUUUCAUUAUACUCUUCUUAUCUUUAACAGCCUUUCUCUACUUCUUUGACGGCCUUACUUUUGUUAUAUUUGCCGUCAUUCGCAAGAAAUGGCACGCCGAAACUGGACUCCAAAUUAACUCUCUCGCGGGCCUCAUCGCGUUUUCCGGUCUGGCGGUGUUAGGUUCCUGGAAGGACGUACAUGGUGUGGAGAUUUGGGAUCUACGGAGACUUAAGCUUGCUAUUACUCUAUCAGCCGUUGCCGAUGUUGCUCUAGUUAUCUUACUGGCGCUCGACGCUCGCAAAGCCGGGUCGCUUUCUAGCUUGCCUAUCGAACAAUUACUUCACUUAGUGUUCCCCCUCUUACGACUCGUCCUUCUCUUACCUUUGUUAUUCAUUCUUUCCAUUCCACGCACCACGUAUUUGCCGGUCGAAUCGAAUACUGAAGAAGAUGUCGGCGUCCCAUCAUUGCUUCAUGCCCCGACCGCUCAACCUUCGACCGGUUUGCUGGCCGUUCCAUCACCCGAGCAGAACAAGUACGGGACGUUCCGUUCUACUCGAUCAGUCUAUUCGCAAACAGCCCCUUCCACUCGGACACCCACACCCACACCCUCGCAUGGCAAGCAUGAGGAUAAGCCCGAGAUAACUCUCGAGCCUUCUUGGAAAGAGCUUUGGCGGAGACUCACUAGGCUCACUCCUUAUCUAUGGCCCAAGAAGAACAAUGCUUUGCAGUUUAUUGCGUUCUUGUGUGUCUGCAUUGUUGCAAUUGGCCGAGUCGUCAAUCUCGCACAGCCCUUUGUGUUCGGUGAAUUGGUCAGAAUAUUGCAAGGCUCCUCCUCCAGACCCAUUUGGGGGGUUCUAGCAUCGUUCGUGGUUAUACGGUUCCUUCAAGGAAGCGGAGGGUUGGCCGCGUUGCGGGAGGCUCUUUGGGCACCUGUCAUGCAGUAUUCCGAUCGAGAGAUGUCCCUUUUAUCUUUUAAUCACCUCCUCAAUCUUUCGUUUGCUUUCCAUACACGUCGCAAGACUGGCGAAAUUCUUCGUGUCCUAGACCGUGGUGCUGCAAUUAAUCAUACCUUUGAGUUACUCUUGUUUAAUAUCUUACCGACUUUUCUCGAUAUCGCUGUCGCUUUGGUUGCAUUGUGUGUCACGUUUGAGUGGACUCUUGGAUUGGUCAUCUUCGUUGUCAUGUUUGCGUAUGUAUCAGCAAGUGUCGUGCUUACACAAUUGCGCACAAGAAUCAGGCGUCAAAUGAAUGAACGAGACGUCAUUACGCGGGGAAUUCAUACUGAUUGCCUACUCAAUUAUGAGACUGUCAAAUAUUUCGGCGGGGAGGACUAUGAGGCUGCCAGAUACCAGGAUGCUCUUCGUGAAUACCAGACUUUGGAAUACCGGGUCAUUAUUUCCCUCAACCUGCUGAAUCUGGUUCAGAACUUCAUCAUUACCUUCGGACUACUCGUAGGCUCUAUUAUUGUGGCUCGACAGGUUAUUGCAGAGGAGCUGGGCUCCAGUUAUUUUGUCAUUUUCAUCGCAUACCUUGGGCAGCUGUAUACGCCGCUUAACCAGCUCGGAUACGUUUAUCGAUCUGUCAACCAAUCUCUUAUCGAUACCGAGAAACUCCUCAAGUUGCUGAAUGAGCCCACGGAAGUGAACGAUAUACCUAACGCACCUGAUUUGGCUGUUGAAGAUGGAGAGAUUGAGUUUGACAAUGUCAGCUUUUCAUAUGAUGGUCACACCGCGGCAUUGAACGGCGUGUCAUUCAAAGUUCCAAAAGGCUCUUCUGUUGCCCUUGUGGGAGAAUCUGGUUCUGGAAAGUCCACCAUAUUUCGGGUACUUUUCCGAUUCUAUGAUCUUGCUGAGGGUCAAGGGAGGAUUUUGAUUGACGGGAAGGAUAUUCGUGAGGUCACUCAGAAGAGCCUUAGGCAGGCUAUUGGCGUUGUUCCACAAGAUUCUGUAUUGUUCAACACCAGUAUUGCAUACAACAUAGCAUAUGGGAAGUUCGGUGCCUCUCAGGAAGAGAUCGAAAUUGCUGCUAAGUCUGCACAGAUGCAUGAUCGUAUCAUGUGCUUCCCUGAUGGUUAUCACACUGCUGUCGGAGAACGGGGUGUAAGACUCAGUGGAGGGGAAAAACAACGUAUAUCAAUUGCGAGGACAUUGCUAAAGAACCCCCCCAUAUUAUUGCUGGAUGAAGCUACUAGUGCUUUAGAUACUUCCACCGAGAAAGACAUACAAAAAGCUCUCCAGAAUUUGAUGCUAGGACGUUCUUCGCUUUCCAUCGCUCACCGUCUCUCGACGAUCGCAAGCGCUGACAUUAUUUUGGUUCUCAAAGAUGGGCAAAUCGUAGAACGGGGUAAUCACAAGGAACUCCUUGCGCUUGACGGAGUAUUUGCCUCAAUGUGGGCGGAUCAAGUCUCUGCAAGCGAAGAUCAGGCGGUAUCAAUUCAUUCAAAACCUGAGGGAUACCACCUCGGAUCGGCUUCUAUUGACGAGACAAAGGCAGUGGCUGAUCAGCCUGUAUUGGAACCAACGCAUCCUGACAGUGGGCCGUCUUCACCUCCACUAUUAAAGCAGGACAUUCCAGCCCAAACUAUCCCUGUCGUCGCUUUCCCGUCCUCCAAACCGCCUGAAGAGUCGCGGAACGCAACAUCUGCCAAGGAAUCCACCUCCGUGGCGGGCGUUGCAUCAGAGGCACCUGAUGGGUUGGAACCCACUUCAAGUCCAGUCGCCUUCCCUACGCCGCCCAAUGUGGUCUUUCCAGCAACCCCCGCUUCUCCUCCGUCGCAAGCAGUUACGUUUGAAGCCACGCCAACUCCCCCACGGAGCGGAACACCUGACCCGGAUGCAGAGCCAAAGCGAAAACGCAUUUCUUCACAGAACUUCCAAAGACUAGCCAAAAGAAUUUCGAUAUCAACACGCCGACAAGGCUCCGUGUCCUCGAUUAUACCAGGACUGAAGCGGGACGGUGGCUCUCCUCGGGUCUCUGGCGAUGAGGGCCGAGGGGAGAGUUCUACUCAUGAGAGCAGCGUUGUUGGUGAAUCCGAGAAUAAGAGCAAGAAGAAGGAGAAGAAGGAGAAGAAGAAAGCCCAGAGUUGA